CCUUGCUUCUACUACUCUGUACAAAAUCUGUCCCUUUCAACUUUCCCCCUUUUACCAUCUUUCUCCACCGUUAAAUCCUCCACAGCUCUAGUAUCUCUCACUCGCUCUCUCUGUCUCUCAUCCCCAUGGCGCUAUCCAACAACCUAACCGCAAUCCUAAACCUGAUAGCCUUCCUCUGCUCCGUCCCCAUAAUCGCAUCCGGGAUCUGGCUCGCCGCCCAGCCGGACAACGAGUGCAUCCACUUGAUCCGGUGGCCGGUCGUCCUCCUCGGCCUCCUGGUCCUCGUCGUCUCCCUCACCGGAUUCGUCGGCGCCUACUGGUACAAGGAGACGCUCCUCGCCUUCUACCUCUGCUGUAUGGCCAUCCUGAUCGCGCUCCUCCUCAUCCUCCUCGUCUUCGCCUUCGUCGUCACCCGCCCCGACGGCAGCUACGACGUCCCCGGCCGCGGAGACAGGGAGUUCCGGAUCCAAGGGUUCUCGCCCUGGCUGCGGAGUCACAUCGUCAAUUCCAAAAAUUGGGGCGCAAUUCGCGCUUGCCUCGCCGAGACCGACGUCUGCUCCAGAUUGACGAGUAGGUAUCUGUCGGCGGACCAGUUCUUCGCCGGCCACAUCUCUCCCCUCCAGCAGUCGGGUUGCUGCAAGCCACCAACGGCAUGCGGGUACAGCUACGUGAACCCGACCCUGUGGGAGAAUCCGGCGAACCCGACGGCCGACCCGGACUGCUACAACUGGAGCAACGACCAGAACCAGCUGUGCUACAACUGCAGCUCCUGCCGCGCCGGGCUGCUGGGGAACCUGAGGAAAGAGUGGAGGAAAGCCAACACCUUCCUCAUCGUCGCCGCCGUCGUGCUCAUCGUCGUCUACGUGGUUGGCUGCUGCGCUUUCAAGAACGCCCAGACUGAAGACCUCUUCGCCCGUUACAAGCAAGGCUGGGCCUGAACUUUUAGCUAGGGUUUGCCCAAAACUUCAGUAGUGUAUUUGUAAGGUAAUGUGUAAUUCCAUUUCCCACUAGCAAUGUUUUUUAGGCUUCUUGCAAUACAAGAUUCCUGCUUGCUCUAUG